UUCAUUCAACAGUACAAAAAUGUCGAGCAAACACUUUAAGAAAACUUCUGUAGCCUAUGAGGAGCAGCUGAAUCAACUCAUCUUACAGCUCAAGGCGCAGCAGCUGAGCAGCAAACCAAAGAAGCCGACGAUCGAUGAGCACUACAAGCGCUUGCACACCGACUACAAUACUGUCACCGGACGGAAACUGGACGGAAAAAGGGACGGCAACAAAUCCAUACUAAAGUUCUCGCCAUGUCGCCCCAGUCGACAGUGCGUAGAGGAUCAGGAAAAGCACAGCGAGAAGGAGAACUCCAAAGCUGUGAACGAAAAGCUGAAAAACUUUAAGUUUGAUUUUCCCGUGGCGAGUGAAAUAAAAAAGUGCGAGAUUAUUUCAGUAAAACUAGACUUCACGAAGGGACGCAGUCGAGAGAAGGUUGAAGUGGAAGCUUUCAAAAAGGAGGAAUCAAAGAAGCAAAAUAAACAUCCAGUGCCACAAUAUCAACUGGAUCAUAUGUACUUCGUGCUGGACACCAAUGUGCUCAUGGAUAGUCUACGGCUGCUGGAUGACGUCUCCAAGCUAACGCUGCGCGACACUGCGGGCAGCAUACUCUAUAUACCCUACAUGGUCAUCAAGGAACUGGACUCGCUCAAGUACAAGCAGAUGACGAGCUAUGCGGCCAGACGUGCCAUAAAUUACCUGAAUGACAAGUUCGACGAUCUCGAGCCCAUCGAGGCACAGUCGGCGCUCGAGGACGCCGAUCAGCUCAUCGAUGUAGACAGUGGAGACGACAGCAUACUCAACUGUUGCCUGCAGCUGAAGGAGCAGCUCGACCACAUGAUUUUGCUGACCAAUGACAAUAAUCUGCGACUCAAGGCUCUGGCCUCCUCCAUACGCGUCUCGACAUGCUACCAGCUGAUCAGCCACAGGAGCAACUGGUGGAGCCAGCCCAGGGAGCGGCGCACGCACAGGCGCCACAAAUACAGAGUUGGAUUUUAGGUUUUAGUUAGUUCUCAUUUCGUUUAUUCAGUUUUGUGUUUAUAUUUGUCUUAAAUUCAUUUGUUUCAAUUUUCGUGUGUUCUCUGUUAAAGCAACGCGAAAGGAAAUUCGGCAAGUGUGUGUCCUUUAAUUACAACGGCCAUUGGGUGAGCAAUAUCAAUGCAUAAAACCAUCUCAACUUUUGGCCGAAAUGACUGCAAGAGCAGCAGCAGCAGCAGCAGCAGCAGGAGGAGGCGGAGUAGGGGCUUACACACACAACAGCAGGACGAACAUAUCCCACUGACAAUAUAUCUACGACCAACUUUCGCUCGCUAACGAACUUUUUCUAUAAAUCAAAAUAAUAACUUCUAAGCUGUGUGUGUAGGGGGUUGAUGAGGAGAGGGGAGCGAUCGGGAGGUUGUUGGGGUUACAUGGCUUUUCCACAUGGCGCUCUACAUCGAGUCUACGCAUUGGGAACGUACACUUCCCGUUAUUUUCUGCAUUCUGGUGUCUUUUUGGGUUGUCAUCAACAAAUGYUGCAGCACGCAGAGAUGAAAGCAGCGAGGCUUGGCCGGAAAGGCGCAACCACAAAAGAUGGAAGCAGAGAGGAGAGCAGAGAGCAGAGGAGAGAAGAGCAGAACGACACUCACUUACGCAGAGCAUGCGAUAAAUUUAAUAAAUUACAAACCAAAUCCGCAAAUUUG